AUGGCGGUGUUUCACAACGAGGUGGAAAUCGAGGCCUUCCAAUAUGACGAGGACCUGGAGACGUAUUUCUACCCCUGCCCUUGUGGCGAUAACUUUUGCAUCACUAAGGAAGAUUUGGAGAAUGGGGAAGAUGUGGCAACGUGUCCUAGCUGCUCUCUCAUUAUAAAAGUGAUUUAUGACAAAGAACAGUUUAUGUGUGGAGAAACAGUCCCAGCCCCUUCCACCAACAAAGAAUUAGUUAAAUGCUAAACAAAGACUUUUGGAAUCCAAAUCCUGAACAUUCAGGAAUGAGCCAAGCUGGAAAAUCAAGACACAGUUCCUGGCUUCCUCAUGGGGACAACCGCUUUGUAGUUUGCUGCUGUGGAUUCUUUCCAUCGGCUGCAAGUUCAUCUCCAAUUAAAGAAGCAAGUCCAUGACAUGCCAUACCUGGAUUUCAUGCUUAGAACUUUGAAUUGGAAAAAGUGUUCUUGAGUUUCCACAUGAAUUUAAAGGAAGGUCAUUUCCAGUCAGUGCUUUC